AUGACGCGAAAGGCUGGAGCCCCCUCAAACCCCGCGGUCAACAACGCCAAAACAAAGGCUGAGACCAAGGCUGAGACUGCCAUACAUGGCAGGCGCCUGGAGGCAUCUUACUUAGGUGUUCUCUGGAAAAACCGCCACACGGCACCCAUCGUCUUCACCUCGCUCGACACCGAGUUCCAACCAGACACACGCGCCAUUUAUGAAUUAGGCAUUGCGACUCAGCCCGCGAUAGGUCCAGUUGCCAGCCAUCAUUACACCGUGAACAGUACUAUGGGUCUCAGGAAACGUUCCACAAAGUCAUUUCCCUUCGGCAAGUCCGAAAGCCUUCGCACAGAGGGAGACCUCCUCCCCAUUCUCGACCAACACUUUUCUGACCUUGUCGCCAACUACGAGGUGGUGGUUCUCUGCGGUCAUAGUAUUUCGGGCGACUUGACUCUCUUGAAAGAGGUUGCCAACUGGGCACCGCCCGACAAUAUUUUUGUGUUUGAUACGCAACGCGUCUGGGAGGGUCUGGGGGGCCUUGCGGCUUAUCUCAACGGUGGCAAGACCAUGGCCAAGCUCCUCCUACAUUACCGCGUCCCGCACAACGUAAACGACAUUCACAAUGCAGGCAGCGACGCCUACUACACUCUCAAGCUUCUUUUCUGUAAGGCGGAGCAAGCAGCACAAGACCGGCCCUGCUUCUCGGGCCUCAUGAACAUUACCAACCACAAGCCAGACCCGCAACAGAUCCCGCCGCCGCCUCCGUCCGAGUACCCAAGCAGCCUACAACUCGCGUGCCCACAGAUAGACAUCAUCCAGAAUGUGAUGUCGCAGCUCAAGAGCCUGUUACCACUUCCACCUGCUCCUCCCACUCCAGUACAACCCGGCGGCAGCCACAAGAGAAGCAUGCCGGAGGAUGCCCACGACCACAACACGAGUGAAUGCAAGAGGCGAAAGACGGACGACGACCACAUCGACAGAGGCGGUGCUGUGCAGGAACAGUCGGAGGAAGGAGCAGGGAUUCGCAAGGCGUCCCGCGGCACGCAACCCGAAGGGACGUGUACUUGUACACUGUUGGACGGCGUUGGCAAGGAAGGAGGGAAGGAGGAGGAGCUGUACAAACAACCCGUGAUGGGUCUGUGUGAUCAUCAUGUAACAUAG